AUGGAGAUCCCUGAAAGUGAGGAUAUGAGUACGACUGCGGUGUCGGAUAAUACGGAGACAAAGACUCUCCUGUGUUCACGAUGCAAAGGACUAGAUCUAACAGUGGAUAAAUUCAUCAUCAACAAACAUACCACCACCAACAUUCCCCACGAUCCACAACGCUAUGAGCCCAGAAAAGCAAAGGACAAAUUCCGGCUGAAAUCAGGCCAAAGCUGGAAGAACUUUGCUAAUCUGAAAACCCUGCAUGCUAAUCGGGAUGUCUGCUCACUCUGUGGGCUUAUUUACAGAGCUAUCCAGCGAUAUGGAAAAGACAAGGUCAAUGACACAACUGUCUGCUCUCUGGGCUGGGAAGUCCACGGUCGGGAAGCGCAAUCAGGCUCUCGUUUUGUCAAUAGCACUCGCCGGGUCAGACUCAGCUGGGAGGAGACUACAGGCCAUCGUCGAGAGGUGUAUAUGGUUCUUGUUGCACCCAGAGAUCCUCUACGGCCGAAUUCAGAUGCGUCUGCCAGAUGGGAGAGAGAGACGCAUUUUCUGGGUCGUGGGUUCGGCGACCGUAAAGAGAAGCAGGCGCUCAUCAAGAGCUGGAUUGAUCUUUGCCUGAAAGACCAUGGAGAGGUGUGCUGUGACAAUCAUGGUACUCACAGGGAGUUCAAGAAGCUCAUCGGCGAAACGUACUUUGGCGUCAUCGACGUGGCCGACAUGCAGCUGAAAUCGCUGCCCGUCAAGGAUGGGACGCCAGAGCCGUAUAUUGCACUGAGUUAUGUCUGGGGUCGAAAGGCUCAAGAAGAACCACCUUAUGUGACAACCCGACUGAAUGUCAUGACGCAUAUUCUCCACGGAGGAAUAGAGACUGCCUGGGAUAAACUGCCACGGACGAUCCAAGACGCCAUCCUGCUGGUGAGUCGACUCGGAUACCGUUACCUCUGGAUUGACUCGCUGUGCAUCGUCCAAGACAGCCACAGCUCAUGGCAGUUGAACGCAGACGCCAUGCAUCUUGUCUACGGCAAUGCACAUUUCACCAUUUGUGCCGCAGAUGGAGAUGACUCCUCGGUCGGCCUGCGCGCAGCGACGCCAGUCGUGCGAGCCAUGUAUCCAGCAGCAAGUACAAAAGAGGCAAUGGCUUCAUUAUCCGAGACAGCAAGCCAGGAUGACCAGGACUCACAGCCCAUGACUGCUGACUGUGGUCCUGGUGUACGCUUGAUGAUAACGAGACCUCUGGAAGCAGUGGUGAGCGAUUCCGCAUGGAAUAAGCGCGCAUGGACGUUCCAGGAACGAAUUCUCUCUCGUCGCUGUCUGGUGUUUGCUGAAGGGCGAGCAUACUGGCAGUGUCGCUCGACGAAUAUCUCGCAGGAUAUUCACACGGAUGGAAACAACAAAGGUUGGUCACUAGACAGAAUCAACUCUCCCCUUCGGACACUGGGGGAAUUGAAGCAACGCCCCCUCUGGUUCUACAUGUCGUACAUCAGCAUGUAUACUGGUCGGCUAUUGACUAAACAGCGCGACAUUCUUGCUGCCUUCCAGGGCAUCUCGUGGCUGUUGGAACGACACAUGGACACCCCUUUUCUGUUUGGACUGCCUGCGUCGCACUUUGACCUUGCACUCCUCUGGGUGCCGUUGGAAAAGUUGAAGCAGAGAAAAGCCCGACGAGAAUCCGACCAUGACAAGAGAAGCUGCACGGUAGAUGAGCUGGGAAACUGCACCUGCCAUGCCGAUCAGGAAUCUUUCGGUGGACUUGAGUUCCCAACCUGGUCCUGGUCAGGGUGGAUGGGGGCACGUAGUGAAUAUCAGUCUGGCAUGCUGGAUGAUUGCCUGCAAAAUGUUCAUGAAUGGCUGACGAAACACACCUGGAUUCAGUGGCAUAUUCGCGAUGAGAGAGGACAUUUGCAACCUCUCUGGGAGAUCCUGUUCCAGAAGACUGGCACCCGUUCUCUCCGCCAUCUCAGAAUUGAGGAAGAAGCCGAAGUGGAUGCAAGAUGGAAAGGAUAUUCGGUUCAAUGUCGUCAAGGCCCGCCGAGUAUCGAUGUCGCAAUGGAUAACAGACGCUAUACUGCCCGACAGAGCAACCGCAUCGUGGUGGCGAAUGACUAUGAUCCAGUUCAUCGACGACGCAAUCGAUCCAAGGACAAGGAAGACAAGGAAGACUGGGCAUACUAUGAGGAAGUCGUUCAUGUACGUCCCAGAGAACGCAUUGCGACCCCGAGUCCCCCGCGUUCGUCGCGUCGCCGUCCAAGACGCCUCAUCCACAGCUCGCCCCAGCCAGAUUCAUACUCGAGCCAAUCUGUGCGCAGACGCUCUAGGGAUCGAAAGAGUCCUUCACCAGUCUCGGAAAGAAGUCAGUCUACAGAAUCCCAACUCGCAGAAGUUCGUGCAAUGCUAAAAGUUCUCACAGCGGUUGUCUCACGUCGAAGAAGAUCGCCAUCCCCGGAGCCCAGCAAGGAUAGCACAGAGGACGAGCAGGUGACGAGCGACAGCUCGAGUUCGGAAGCAUAUACACUGCAUCGAGGACCCAAUACACGGAUCAUCACGAGGGAGAGGCCGGUUGACGCAGCAUCAGAUGCGAAGGGCACGCACACAGACAAAUACGGUCGGACUCUCACGGGAGACAUUCCCCAAGAAGAUGAAAACAAAUUCCAAGCCAUCCUUCCUGAUAAUCCCUUUGGGGUGAUUUGGAAACGGCCAUCUGGGCGCAAAAAGAACUGGUCGCAGAAGAAAUUCAUGCCGAUUCUUCAGUUCUGGACGUGGCGGACGGAGCUGCAUAUCGUGAUACGCGAUUCCGAUAUGGACAGCACAAAGCAGUCAGAUACUGGGCUGUGUCAGUGUGAUAUUGUGGACAAGAACGGCGACUGGUGCGGGUCUAUCGUUCUGGAUGAAAAGUGGAUUCAUCGACGAGAGGCUCAUAUAUUUUCGUUCAUUGCCAUUUCCGAAGCAAAGCGAUUCACUGAUGAUGAGUGUCCUGUGUGGACAUAUUAUAUCCCCAAAGAGAGAGAUGAGUCGGAGUGGGAUCUAUACUAUGUGCUGCUGCUGGAAAGAAAUGUAGAACGAGGACUGUGGGAGAGAGCAGGAUUGGGCAAGGUAUUUCAGGCUGCCUUCAGAGAGAAAACAUGGGCGGAGAUUAAGCUGGGGUAG